CCUGCGCAGGCGCUGUGCUUCACAGCCGCCUUCCCCUACCUGGUCAUCCUCAUCCUCAUCAUCCGGGGGGCCGCGCUGGACGGCUCCCUCAAUGGCGUCCGCUUCUACCUCUCCUCGAACUGGAGCAGGCUGCAGAGUGCCCAGGUGUGGAGCAACGCAGCCUCACAGGUCUUCUACUCCCUGGGCAUCGGGUUCGGGGGUCUGCUCUCCAUGGCCUCCUACAAGAAGUUUGACAACAACGUCAUCCAGGACACCUUGGUUAUCACCAUCGGGAACUGCUGCACCAGCUUCUUCGCCGGCUUCGCGAUCUUCUCGGCACUGGGGCACAUGGCCUGGAGGAAACAAGUUCCCGUGGGCAGUGUCACAGACUCAGGCCCCGGGCUGGCGUUCGUGGCGUACCCCGAAGCCCUCUCCCGACUGCCCGGCUCCCCGUUCUGGUCCAUCCUCUUCUUCCUGAUGCUCUUCACGCUGGGAGUGGACACUUUGUUUGGGAACAUCGAGGGCAUCACCACAGCCAUCCUGGACGAGUUCCCAGCCCUGCGUGACUGGCAGAGGAAGACAGCGUUGCUGGGCGCUAUCUGCACCUCCUUCUACCUGCUGGGGCUCCUGCUGGUCACCCAGGGCGGCAUCUUCUGGUUCACCCUCAUUGACACGUACAGCACUGGCUUCGGGCUGAUCAUCGUCGCCCUCUUCAUGUGCCUGGGCAUCGCUUUCUGCUACG